AUGUCUGCCCAAAGAUUGAAGAUCGGCUGUGCCGGUCUAGGCCGCAUGGGCAAGCGUCACGCCCUGAACUUCUUGGAGCGUACUCCCCGAGCUGAGCUGGUGGCUGCCAGCUCUCCAGACCCCGUCGAGCUCGAAUGGGCCAAGGUUCACCUCGAGCCCUUCGGUGUGCGCCUGUACCAGAACUAUGACGAUAUGCUCAAGCAUGAAGGUCUUGUUGCUGUGGUGGUUGCAUCCGCAACUGCAGUACACGCCGAACAAGCAAUCAAGGCUAUUGAGGCGGACAAGCAUGUUCUCUGCGAGAAGCCCAUCUCUACCAAUGUCGAAAUCUCCCAAUCAGUCGUCGACGCAGCAGCCAAAAAGCCUCACCUGAAGGUGAUGUGUGGCUUCUCCCGGCGCUUCGACAAGUCCUACCGCGACGCCUACGAAAAGAUGAAAUCCGGCGCCAUCGGCACAGCCUCCGUGCUGCGCAGCCAAACCUGCGACAAGCUCGACCCGAGCGGCUUCUUCGUCGCCUACGCCGAGUUCUCUGGCGGCAUUUUCGUCGACUGCUCCAUUCACGACAUCGACCUCACACUGUGGUUCUUCGGCGACGACUCAAAAGUCAAGUCUGUCUCCGCAGUCGGCAUCACAGCCGUCGAGCCAGACCUGCGCAAGCACAACGACCGCGAUAACGCAGUCGGCCUCGUCGAGUUCUGGGACGGCCGCAUGGCCUUCUUCUAUGCUUCGCGAAUGAUGGCUGCCGGCCAGGAAGACGUUACUGAGAUCAUUGGUACUAAGGGCAAGCUUGCGGUCAAUACCCAGCCUGCGCUUAACCAUGUUAACAUCUAUGACGAGACGGGUAUUCGUCGUGAGAUCCCGCAGAAUUACUAUGAUCGCUUUGAGUAUGCGUUUGUUACGGAGGCUAAUGAGUUCUCUGCGGCUUGUUUGGAUAACUCGGCGCUGCCGAUUGAUAUUAACAAUGCUGUUAAGGCGGUGCGGAUUGGUGCGGCGCUGCAGGAGUCGUUGAUUACCCAGCAGAAGAUCUUCUUCGAUCAAAAUGGGAACCGGACGGAGCUCUCGCGUCUGUAA